AGGGUAAGUGGUUGAAGUUAAAAUAUAUAAAAUAAAUCCCAGGAAAUUUUUAAAUCUCAUAAUUGUAAUCAUUAAUGUUUAGUCUACAAAUACCAUCUCUAAGGUUUUUUUAAUAUAUCAAAGUAAAAUCAAACCAAAAUUCUGGUCGUUAUUAUUUAUUUUCUGUUUGAACGUAAUGUUUUAUUAAAAUCUAAGAAUUUCUAAAACUUAUAACUUAAUUACAUUUAUUGAUUUUGCUAAGACUACACAAAAUAUGUCAAAGAAAUCCUCUUAUAUCUGGAGCCGCAAUAUUUUACAAACCAAUUAUAACAAUAAAUCAACAACCAACAAGGCAAUUUGUUAUCAAACAUUCUCAAUAGAAAAGCAAUCUAAACAAAAUCAAGAAAUUAAUUGUCACAGAAAAUUGUUUAAAACCGCGAAUAUCAACAAAAGAUAUGCCACGUCAAAGGAUAAAUUUAGAACCCACAAUUGUCUGCCAAAUAAUAGAGCACGCGGCACAACAAGGCGAAAUAUAACAAGAACUUUACAUUUUAAUACGAAUGUAUUAGGGCUGAAGGGUGUAGCAGUUACCCCAAAAUCCACUGAAUGCAAGAGCAGUAGAUAUAGUAAAAACAAUUUCAAUGGAAAACUGCAUCAUUGCAAUCAUUUUUGCAAUCAAAAUCAUAAUCUUCAUAUGAAUUGUAAAUGUUCAACUAAAUUGCUUAAUUUGCCGCAGCCACAACAACAUCUUCGUAUCAUUCAACAAGAUUUUGAAAAAAGUAACAAGCAUAAAUCCUUCAAUAAAACCCAUAAAAUCCAUACUCCAAACGCACUUUGCCACAACCAUCAACAUGAGUGUCUGCCAUAUGUUAUACCUUUAAAAAUGGAUAAAAAUCUUCAUUGUCAUCAUUCCCAUCUUCAUGGUGGUGCUAUCAUUUCUAACAAGUUACAAUUACAUGAUGUAAAAUCAAGUGUUUCACGCUCAACACAACUAAGUAGAUAUCAUCAUCAUCAUCGUCAUCAUGAUUCCCAAUUGACAUGCUUACCACAAGUGUCACAACAUCAAGAGCAUUUAUUAGGCAUGUUCGAAGUAUUACCUCCGCUCUUUCUUUUAAAAACUACACCAGGAAAGGUAACCGAGAAUCAUGAAAAAUAUCUUAGUCACUUAGAAAGUAUACAAUACAAAUCAUCUCAUAGUUGUGCUGAUGUGCUCGUGGGUGGAAAUCCAAAAAUGCUACAACCUUUACCCCUGAGACACGAGAAGCAUUUCAAGUUGGAUUAUGACAAAAUUUUAAAAUGUUUACAAACGAAAACUAAACCCUCUGACUGUGAUGUAAUUUUCGGUAAUGCUUGUCUGCUAUUACGUAAACGUUACGGUUGGGAGACAUCACGUCUUGAAUGGUUGUUACAACUAGAAGAACAGCAUCAAAAUCAUCAUCAAACUCAUAGAAUGGCCAACCAAUAAUAAAUGCUAAGAAACUAGUUAAUAUGACCAUCAUCAUCAUCAACAGCGCCAGUAUUAUCUUGUCAUUGAAUGAACAGCAGGUAAAAGGAAAUAACUCAUUUAAAUAACAGUUUGAUAUAAAGUCAAAACCAUACAAACCCAAUCACCAGCCUCCCAGAAAGAUACCCCCACUUAAAAGGAAGCAAUUAAUAUGUAUGUAACUACUUGAAACUAAAAAAAAACUAUAAGUGUCAUAAUAAUUAAGUUUUUCGUAUAAUUGAACUGACAAAGACCACUUUUGCAAAGAGGUAGAAGACGUGGUUAUAAUGACAAUGCUGAUGUUGCUCUUCCUUCCUAGUUAUAAUGACAAUGCUGAUGUUGCUCUUCCU